AUGGUCUCCGAACAAGCUCGCCUCCGCAUUGUCAUUGUCGGCGCCGGUCUCAGUGGUAUCGCCGCUGCAGUCUCCGCCGCACUAUCGGGACAUAAUGUCGAGGUUAUAGAGCAAGCUAAAGAGCUGGCGGAAGUCGGCGCCGGGCUCCAGAUCACACCCAAUGCCUCAUUACUUCUCAAAUACUGGAAGCUGCCACAAUCCUUAUGGGAUGCUGCUGCGGAACCCACCAAACUUACAGUGCAUCGAUACUCGGGUGAAAUUCUGGCGCACGAGCAAGACUUUGACAAGAAUAUUCGCGCAAAGUACAAUGCGCCAUUUGUUGACUUGCACCGUGUCGAUCUUCAGCAAGCACUGUUUGCUCGAGCGCAAGAUCUGGGCGUAAAGUUCCACAUGAGCCAGAAGGUUGAUCGGAUCGAUUUUGACUCCACCACUGUUCACACGCUCGCCGGAAAGCAGUACUCGGGCGAUCUGAUCAUUGCUGCGGAUGGACUGUGGUCGAGAUGUCGGGAAGCAUUUGUGGGGAAGAAAGACGAACCCAUUCCUACAGGUGACUUGGCAUAUCGUAUUGUGUUGAGUACGGAUCAAAUCUCAGACCCGGAGCUGAGGGCUCUGGUCGAGAACCCCGAAGUGCACUUUUGGGCCGGCCCGGGUGCUCAUGCGGUGGCUUAUUCGCUUCGUGGUGGGAAGAUGUUCAACAUCGUACUUCUGGUACCUGACAAUUUGCCCGCCGGUGUCUCAAGACAAGCUGGCUCUGUUGAUGAGAUGCGAGAACUGUUUGUUGGCUGGGAUCCUAUAUUGAAUCGCUUCUUGAACUAUGUGACCAACGUCGACAAGUGGAAGCUCAUGCACCACGGUGAAAUGGAGCGAUGGGUUAACGACACUUCGAACCUUGUCUUUAUUGGAGACGCUUGUCAUCCCAUGCUCCCAUAUCUAGCUCAAGGCGCCAACUCCUCACUCGAGGAUGGGGCUGUCCUCGGCAUGCUGCUGGGCAAUAUGACAGACAAGAGCCAGCUCCCUCGUAUUCUGCGACUGUACGAGAGCAUGCGCAAAUCUCGUGGAGAGGCAAUCGUACGGGAGACUUUCAAGCAGCGACACGACUUCCAUAUGCCCAAUGGUGAAGAGCAAGAGAAGCGCGACCAACUGUUUUUAUCACAGCUUGGAAAGGAGAUCAAAGGCGCAUUCCCAAGUCGAUGGACUUGUCCCGAGGUACAACCCUGGCUGUACGGUUACGAUGCAGUCAAGGAGGUUGAGACCGCAGUGUUGCAAAAUCCAGAAGUUUUUGCGAAGUCCACUUCAUGGGGGUGUCAGAUUCUGUAG